UUUCAGUAAAGAUGAUGCAGUUUUGCUGUUUUCAAUUUUCAUUUACAUUUGUGCCAUAAUUUUAACUAUUUUUAGCAUUGUUCGUAGUUAAUUUAAUGUUUAAUUAUGGGUUAUAACUUAUAGACUUAAAUAUCAAAAAUAAUUACCUAACGUGUAAAUAUUUUCGCCACUUUUUAAAAAUUUGUUGACGUGUUCGGUCGGCGCCUCAGUGAGCUGUCAAAAGUUUAUUCAAUUUUCAGAGCCACGUUGGAAGUGGAUUUUUAAAAAAAAACUAGCAAAAUAUAUUUAUAAAUGUUACAUCAAUUAUAAUCAAGACCAACUGUGCAGGCAGGAAUUCACGCCCUUAGUCUAAGAGAAGCGAAACAAUGAAAAUAAAAGACAUAGAACGAACUGCCAAUGUGGCAUGGUCGCCCAAGAACCAACAUCCAAUAUACCUAGCAGCUGGUACAGCGGCACAGCAGUUAGAUGCAUCUUUUAACACCAGCGCUGCCAUAGAAAUUUAUUCAUUAAAUCUGACUGAACCUGGACCUGAUAUGCAACUCAUUUCUUCGUUGCCGAGUGAACACAGAUUUCAUAAAAUCAUAUGGGGGUCCUACGGUGGCGACCAAUCCAAGGGUACUAUUAUAGGAGGAUGUGAGGGUGGUUUGAUUCACAUUUAUAGUGCCUCUAAAUUGCUUAAUGAAGAAGAUGCCAUCAUCGGUAAACAAGAAAAACACACAGGACCGGUGCACGCUUUAGAUUUCAACAAUUUUCAGCAAAAUCUUUUUGCUACCGGUGCCGGUGAUUCGGAAAUAUUUAUAUGGGAUUUGAACAAUACCAGUACGCCGAUGUCUCCAGGGGCUAAAUCCCAACCACUGGAAGAUGUGUUGUCUGUGACAUGGAACAAACAAGUGCAGCAUAUUUUAGCAUCUACUUUUCCAUCAAAGUGUGUAAUUUGGGAUUUACGAAAGAACGAACCGAUAAUCAAACUGACUGACACCGUAUCUCGGAUUCGGUGGAAGAUGGUGGCUUGGCACCCCGAAGUUGCCACCCAGCUGUGCCUUGCUUCAGAAGAGGAUCACUCCCCGAUAAUCCAAUUGUGGGACCUAAGGUUUGCAACGUCUCCACUGAAAACGUUGGAAAACCACCAGCGAGGUGUUCUAUCUCUGGCUUGGUGUGGCGAGGAUCCGGAUCUUUUAGUGUCCUGUGGGAAAGACAAUCGUAUUGUAUGUUGGAACCCAAAUUCGAAUCAACAGAAUGGUGAAGUGCUUUCGGAAAUUGCAAGAACCAACCAAUGGAGCUUUGACAUUGCCUGGUGCCCCAGAAACCCGGCUUUGAUCGCUUGUCCGAAUUUUGAUGGUCAUGUUACUGUUUACUCGCUAAUGGGAGGUAAAGCUCAACAAAUACAAACAACCAACAAAAUAGCGGACAGUUUUCCAAAUAUGGAAGGAUACGUGCAGGCACCUGUGCCUCAACCGAGCACAGCCCCGGUCAGCGCAGACCUAACCAAGCCUCCAAAAUGGCUUAAGAGACCUGUGGGAGCUAGUUUUGGGUUUGGUGGAAAACUCAUAACAUUUGAGAACGACAAAGCGGCAGUUGCCCAGGCAGCGCAAAAUUCCCAACCUGGACAACCCGCCAUUCAGGUUCGUAGGACGGUGCAGAUCAGUCAAGUUAUCACCGAAUCGGAACUGGUGCAAAAAUCUGCGGAACUAGAAAAGGCUUUGGAGUAUGGAAACUUUAUCGAAUACUGCUUCAAUAAGUCAGAAGUAACCAGCGAUCAGCACAAGAAGUACGUCUGGCACUUCUUGAAGGCAAAUUUCGAACAAAACCCCCGAGCGGAGCUCCUCAAUUUGCUGGGUUAUAGGAUCGAAGACGUUAAUAACAAACUGGGACAGUUCGUUGGCAAGCAGUUACAAAACAACGUCGACGGACUAACUGAUGAUUUCGGUAACCUGAAUAGGUUGGAGGAUUACGAUUCCGGAGAUCCUUUUAACGAUAUCGCGCAAAAGCAACAGGAAAAGGCAGUGGAACCCUUCAAAAUUAAAACGGGAGAUGACACCGAGGGGUUAAUUACGCAAGCCUUGCUGCUGAACAAUGUGGAAGCAGCCGUUGAACUGUGCUUGAAAGCAAAACGGUUUGCAGAUGCUUUAAUUAUCGCCACGACAGGCGGCCCCGACUUGUUGGCGAGAACUCAACACCGUUACCUGGAACAAUCCGAGGGGUACAUUUCUUCGUUAAUUUCCGCGAUGGUGUCCGAGGACUGGGGCUCGAUAAUUAACAACUGCGAACUCGGCAGCUGGAAAGAGGCUCUCGCGGCUGCUUUGACUCACGCUUCCGACGACGAUCUUCCAGCGCUUUGCGAACAACUCGGCACUAGGCUAGAAUUAGAGAGCCGGGAUAACCCCAAGUUUGCGCAGGAGGCGCAGCUUUGUUACAUCUGUUCCGGUAAUUUCGACAAAUUGGUUUCGAGCUGGAGCAGUGACGCCUCAAAUUCAACCUCGGAUCUGCAGGAACUGGUAGAACUCGUCAUGUUCCUUCAGAAGGCCAUUGAGAGGCAAGGGAGGCAAGUACAAAUAACAGGAGCUCUAGCGGAUCUCCUAUCUCACUACGCGUCCCUUUUAGCCUCUCAAGGCAACCUCACCAGCGCCGUCACCUACCUAGGAAAGUCGCAGAACGAAAAAGUCGCCGCCCUAAGGGACCGUCUGCAUGUGGCUCUCGGCCAGAAACCUUCUUACGUUCAAGAAAUACGCCAGCAGCAGAUGAGGAGGGGAAGCCAACGGAAAUCUUUCACCAACUACCCAGGACCCGAAGUCAACAAUACUAAUCCCUUCCACGGUUCCCAGUACUCAGUACCGCAGCCACAGACGCAACCUUUUGGAGCUCCACCCGCCACCCAGUUCAAUACGGGCCUGCCGAAUCCGUCGGUAAACACUCAACCCUGGCAAACGCAAUCGUUGCCUCCUGUGCCCGCUUUUAGUCAACCGCCGAAGACGUUCUCUCCUGCGCCUCAGGCGCCUCCCCCGACGCAGCCUCCAAGGCCGACUAGUGUGGGAUCAGCGCACGGUGGUUCUGGGGGUCUACCCUCCCGCAAAUAUGUCCUAGACCCGUCGGUCACCUCGAACCCAUACGGCCCAAUGAGAAAUCAAUUUCAACCGCAACCCGUUGCGUCUUACCAGAGCAGCGGUUACUCCAAUGCUCCCUACAAUACCGCACCUCUCAAUUCCACACCGGUCAGUCCGAUGAUGCCGAACCCAGCUCCCCUCGUACCAAACUCAUCAUCAUUUACUGCUUCGCCUCUAGGACCAAAUCCUAACAUUAAUCCCACUCAGUUUGUUCCUUCGGCGCCGACGUACGGAUUUGCGACGCAUUCUGAUUGGGAGGGACAAUCUCAGACAGAAAGGGCGAAACCGGCAGCGAACGUGUUGUCCAAUGCUCCCUCCGGAUGGAACGAUCCACCGCCACCUAGUAGCAAGCCGUUAAGGCCCCAAACAAAACCAGAAGCACCGUCAUCCGAGCCCAUCACUCACCCGCUGUACGGGGCUGCCCCCGUUCAACCACUUCCAACCAACGGGUACGGAGACGUCAACCCGCUCUCUUCCCAACCCUACAACGCCGCCCCUCUCUACCCCCAGAAUCCCCCCUCCAUGUACCAGCCUCCGCCCGUCGCCAACUCCAAUUACGGCCAGCAGAGUUUCAAUCCGGGAAAUUUCAAUCAAAACGCCGUACCGGGUCUGGUGCAGCAACAGCAGCCCGCAUUGCAGGAGACGGUAAGGCCGGAGACGCCACAGCCUGUUAAGACGGCCCCCAUUCCGGAGGAGCACAUGCAUAUGAAGACCGUGUUCGACGAGUUGAGGAACCAAUGUAGUUACGCUGCCAAUAACCCACAAACAAGAAGGAAGUUGGAAGAUGUUGGAAGAAAAUUAGAAAGUUUAUAUGACCUACUGAGAGAGCAUAAGCUAUCGUCAAACACUUUGUCGCAGCUCCACCAGAUAGUGCAGUUCAUCCAAGACGGUAACUACAUGGGGGGGCUAAACCUGCACACUCAGCUGGUAUCAGGACCCGACUUUUCUCAGAUAGCCAGUUUCAUGCCGGGACUUAAAGUUUUAUUACAGUGCGCACUCCAACUGCAGAUAUACAUAAGAUAAAAUCCGAUAAUAACGCAGACGUUAGGGUUAUGAAUAAUUUUAAUAGAUCGCUAGCGCCUCGGAAACCGCCCAGUCGUGCCAGGUGUGCCAGGUUUGAAUCAGGAUUGACUUUGUUAGGGAGAUGUUUUGAUUCUUUUCAAUUUAAGUAAGACCAACGGGAAAAUUUUUAUUGCGGUUAUCGACGUUAAGCCAAUUUUUAUAAAAACUUGUAUCGAUUAUACCAGAAGGUGUUGCUGAGAUGUCACAACAUGAAUGUUGAUAAAUAUUCUUUCAUAUUUUGGGAAUAAAUAUAAGUUUUGCCUGAAGGGGGUUUCUGAUGUGGUAGCAAAACGUCGUAUUAAUAUUUUGUUGCCUUAUUUUUAUAAUGCAUAAAAUAUUUACUGUUAACAAGUAACUAUUGUAUUAUUUUUUUAACAUAUUGUGAGAAUUUAUUAAAGUGUGUACUCGCAAGUUUUUGUUUAAGACAUUUAAAGCAAUCUUUUUAAUAAGUAUAUAAAUUAUGUAUAUUAGUGCUAUAUUAUGUAAUUUAGGUAUGAAAAUUGUUAAGGAGGUGCUUUCUUAUACAAAGUGUAAAAAUAAAUACUU